GUUUAAAGGAAGAGUUAUGAAAAAAAAAAAAGAGGAAGACUUAAAGAAAAGAAAAAUGCUUGAUAAGUGGCACAUAUAUCUGCUUGGACUGACAACUAUUUAUUUCUUAAAUUAUCUCACAGGUACCAGUGGAGAGAAAGUCAUCAAUGUGUUCUGUAGUGAUGGAGUAAAUGUCACUCUGCCCUGCAUUAAUGCUCCUCCUGACUGCACAUGGUUCUAUAGUAAAGGCAAAGAAACUGGAGUUGAUCUGUUUCCUAAAGGAAUAAAGAUAAUGGACCAUGAAAGACUGAGUCUGGGGUCUGACUGCUCUCUGAACAUCUAUAAAACCACAAAAGAAGAUCCUGGGCUUUAUACCUGCCGGCAACAAGUGGUUAGAAAUGAUCCAUACACUGAUGCCAAUGUUUAUCUGCAUGUUCUUCAUGUGUCUUUAUCAUCCACACAGACUGAGAUUAAAGCAGGCAACAAUGUCACUAUCUCCUGUCAAUUGUAUUUAUAUGACGGAUAUAAUUGUGAGAGUUUGCUUCAUAAGAAUAGAUUUCAGAUGAUUUGGGUGAAUGAGUCUGAUGUUAAUCUACAAUCAGACUCCAGAUAUCAGAUCUCAUCUUCAACAAAACACUGCAACAGCCGUCUGACUACAACACUCCUGAAUGAAGACAACAACAGAGAGUUGAGAUGUCAGAUUAUUACAGGAACUGAAGUUAAGACCUCAGACAGAUACACUGUCAAGUAUUCGGUGACCAAAAUCGAUGUACUUUACACAGUGAUUCCUGCUGUAUCUGCUGUUGUAGUUUCUCUUCUCGCUCUUCUUCUUCUCUGGCUGUUCUGUAAUAAAAGACCUGGAAAAAGAAAAAUGGCCCAGGAUUCAUAUGUGUCAAAUGAGAGGACAAAUCCUGCAGUCUGUGAGAUGAACAGCAGUUUUAAUCCUCUCACUGUUGAGAAGAACGAGGAUGUGGCUUAUGCUGAGAUCAAUCACAAGAAAGGGCUUACUGAUAGACACAAUGUUCAGUGUGAUGAUAAAGUGACCUAUAUGACCAUCAGAGGAGAAACUGUUGGACACCAGGCUAUCUGAAGAAUAUGGCUGUACACUGUAAAAAAAAAAAAGUACAAAACCUUUUUGUCAUUGGGGUGGUCCACUUAACGGUUCAUUUUUGUAUCUUUAUGGGUAUACAACACAUUGAAAUGUACCUUUUGGGGUACAGAAUGGGUCCCUGAGGUACAGUUAUGUACCCCAAAAGGUACUACAUUCUAUGUUAUGUAUACCCGUACAGAUACAAAACGUUAUACCUUACACUCUA